CUUAACAGCACAAUGGAUAGAUGGCGAUUUCACUCUACGAAAAAUCAGGCUUCAUGCAAAGCAUUUUCGGGGCUCACAUACGGGUCGAGCGACAGUGAGCGUAUUUGAGGAAAUGCUUGCAACUUGGGCAACUCCCAAAAGUUCUGUCCAUGUUGUGGUCCGUGACAAUGGUAAAGUGCAUGGAGGAGGCCGGAGUUUCUAGUCUUCUGUGUGUGGCACAUACUCUGCAGCUGACUGUCACAGAGGGUCUGUUAUCACAGCGCAGUGUUAUGGAGGCUGUGGGAGUCGGGCGCUAAAUAGUCGGCCACUUUAAACACUCCAACCUGGCAUACUCUUGGUUACAGGAUAUUCAGACACAGCUCGGUCAACCAAUAAAAAGACAUCAGCAAGACGAGCAGACUCAUUGGAAUAGCACAUUCUACAUGGUGCAGUCUCUGAUUGAGCAAAAAAGGUUGAUUGGAGUAUAUGUGUCUGAAAACGAGCUCCCUCCCACUCUAACUGCAAACCAGUGGAAUCUUAUGGAGAAGAUGGUAAAUGUCUUGGCUCCCUAUGAGGAAAUGACUCAUCAGGUGAGUUCUUCAGAUGCUUUAGCCUCAGAUGUAAUUCCUGCUGUCACUGUGCUACAAAGACUGUUGCUGAAACAAAUGGAUGAGGACCACGGAAUCAAAACAAUGAAGAGCACUUCGCUUGAUGCUUUGCAGAGGUGCUUUUCCAACAUGGAGCAAAACACGCUUUACUGCAUUGCAAGUUUACUUGAUACGAGGUAUAAAGAUUGAUUCUUCUCCAACACAGACACUGCCAG